AUGUUCUUCACUCUAGGCCGAGGCAAAAGCCUCCAAGUCGGUGUCACGAUAUGCUGUCUGAUUGCGUUCGUCCUCUUCGGAUAUGACCAAGGCGUGUUUGGUGGAAUUCUCCAAAUGGAGGAUUGGUUAGAUCAGUUCGGCCAUCCUUCUGACUCGGAAACCGGCAUCAUAGUAUCGUGUUACAACUUGGGAUGUCUGACUGGCUGUGUCCUCAACUUUAUCUUCGGCGAGAAGCUGGGCCGCCGAAAGACAAUCUGGACCGCUAUGAGCCUUGUCAUCAUCGGCGCCACUCUUCAAGCGACGGCUUUCACCGUGCCUCAUCUGGUUAUUGGGCGCUUGGUCACCGGGUUCGGCACCGGGAUGAAGACAUCGACUGUCCCCAUGUUCGACUUUGGUAUGUCAUUCAUUGGCGGCCCAAUUGCUUGGAGACUGCCCCUCGCGUUCCAAAUUAUCUUCGCGCUUAUUGUUGUGGUUCUGGUCUUCGCCCUCCCUGAAUCUCCCCGAUGGCUAUUCAAACACGGCCGCGAGCAGGAAGCCGUCCAGGUUCUUUGUGACGUGUUCGAUAAAGAACCAACCGAUGAUUACAUCCGAGCCGAAAUUCAUGCCAUUCACCAUGCCAUAGAACUAGAAGCCGCCGAAAAGAAAUCGUCUUCCUGGAUCAGCAUCUUCAAAAAUGAUCGGCUCAGAACCGGCCACCGCGUGUUGCUGGCAUGGGGAGCCCAGUUCAUGAAUCAGCUGGGAGGCAUUAACCUCGUCGUCUACUUCAUUCCGUCCGUACUGGUGCAGAACGUAGGCAUGACGCCUCAUAUGGCCCAAAUUAUUGGCGGCUGUGUGCAGAUGAUGUUCAUGUUCGGAUCCAUCUUGCCGGCGCUGGCCUUGGACCGCAUGGGUCGUCGCAAGACGAUGAUGUGGGGAAGUGCGGGACUCGGUAUCUGCAUGCUCAUGAUCUCGAUUCUAUUGUCACGGGUGGGCUUUAUAGGCGGUCAAGCUUGUGCUUCAGCGUCUGUAGCAUUCUUCUUCCUGUACAACCUGAUUUUCGGCAUGGGAAUGAACUGCGUUCCAUGGGUCGUUGUUCCUGAGAUCCUGCCUCUCCACGCACGAACUCGAGGUACUGCCGUAGGCAUCAGUUCCAACUGGCUGUGGAACUUCUUUGUCGUCAUGAUCACCCCAGUCAUCAUCAAUCGUCUGCAGUGGAAGGCCUACCUCAUCUUCGUGGUUACCAAUUUCUUGUUUGUGCCAAUCAUCUACUUUUUCUAUCCCGAGACCAGCAAUUUCAGGUUGGAAGAUAUCGACGAGUUCUUCACAUCGGGUGGCAAUCCAGUCAAGAUAGCGAAGGAAAUGUCAAAGGCAAUGGGGGUUGGGAAUGAUACCGAAAGGCUUUCAAAUGUUUUUGAGAAGGAAAAGGCAGAGGUCGAGCACUCGUGA